AUGGCCAGUGCACAAACAUCAUCUGGCCUGAUCGUUCCAGUAGUUCUGUGGGGCAAGAAGCCGCCUAAGAACCGUAUAAGCUGCGUGCGGCCGCUUCCAAACGGGAAAACAAUCAUAACGGGUUCGGUAGAUGGCGAAAUUGUUUUGUGGGACAAAGCCGAGAAUGGCAAGUUAAUGGCGAGAAUGAUGUUGGUCGGUCAAGAAUCUCGUAUUAAUUGUAUAGCACCUACUACAGUUUCUUCAAAAUCUACACGAUUUGUUAGUGCAUCAGCUGAUAGGCUGCUUAGUUUAUGGGAUAGUGUUGAUGGACGAAAUAUCGAUAACGUAGUGUCCAAUUAUGUCCACUUGCAAAUAACGCCUUAUGUAAAAUUUUUAUCGCAAAUUUUCUUAAAUAAUUAUUUGGUUGAAUGUGUUUUGAGUUUUAUUUGGUUAGUUUUCCAAAGAGAAUACUCGGAAAUUGUUGUGAUAGACCCACAAGACUUAAACGUUAUUUUUACGCUAAGUUCACGUGUAGAACCCGAUUGGAUUUCCGCAAUAGGGUUUAUUCGUCCGACUGACAGUAAUGAUUCACUUAUUGGAGUAUCGGUUGGUGGUAUGAUGAAGGUGUGGAAGCUUACUGACAUUGAUAAGAAGGAUGCUUCAAAUGUGAUUUACGAGGACGAAUCAAAAAGUGUAAAAGCAAGUUUGGCGAACGCUAUAUCUUGGGAUAUUUCUAACCGUUAUGCAAUUCUAGUUGUUACAAUGAAUUCUUGGCAGGUUUUUGACCUUGUUGACAUGAACAGAUUGUUUAUCCAGAAAUCUCAAGAACCUCUUUGUGGCGGCGCGAUGAUUGAUGCUUCUCGAGUUGCAAUAGCCACCUCUAGUGGCUACAUCCAACUUUUUCAGCUGCCCCGGAGUGGUCUAACUGGACCUGAUAUUGUGAAACAAUAUGGAUCUCCAGCAGAAGACAUAGCAGGGAAAAACGAACCGUUUGUGUAUGCUAUGCUUCGUGGAACUCCUUCCGAUUUUGCGUGGCCGUCUCGGAUGUUGUAUUUUUUCAAUAAGGAAGAAACGGCGAGCGGUAGCGUGUGUACUGCAUAUCGCGCUGACAUUAGUGGCAAUUUAAGCGUUUGGAACAUACCAAAAUUUAGUGACGACAAGGUUGCAAAACAUGCGACUAAAGCACUUGUUUUUAAACCAGAUGUGGAAACAAGUUUAUCAGAGACUUGGUCAUCUUUGGAAAGACCUCCUCAUAAUAUUUUCGACACUCAAGAAGAGUGUCCUCUCACGGCUACGUUAUAUAUAGGCGAACAGAGCCGUCUUGUUCUUGGUCGAAGAGACGGCGUUAUACUUAUUAUGUAUGCUUGUGAAGCUGUGUCUAAACAGCUUCUUGAAGUGGAAUCUUCAGGAGAUGUAAGUUGUCGACGUUUGAUGGGUCAUAAAGCAGCUGUUACUUGUUUUUUGUAUCCUCAUGAGGAACAUCCUCGUUAUGACAUGCAGUUUCUUAUUUCUGGUUCCGCUGAUUUCUCAGUUAUUGUUUGGAACAUAAAUACUGGGACUCGCUUACAUCGUUUUUGUGUCCAAGGAGGCCCUAUUCUAAAAUUGUUUGUGCCUCCAGCGAAUUGUAAUGCGCGAGUUUUGCACACCGUUUGUUCUGUAGCUGGUGAUAAUUCAGCAGCACUUUUAUCUCUUAAGGAGAACAAAUGCAUACUUCUUGCAAGCCGACAGUUGUUUCCAAUUGUGGAUGUUCGGUGGAGGCCUCUAGACGAUUUUUUGCUUUUAAAGUGCGAAGAUAAUACUGUUUACGUUUGGCAAAUUGACACAGCAAGCUUGGAAAGAGUAGUAAAAGGUAUUGUGUCCGAAGAGAUUUUAUUUGGUUGCGAAGAGCAACUUCGUGGCGACGAAUGUAAUGAAGAAGCUGGUGCGUCACAGGCAGUUCAGAUGAUUCGUGCUGUUCGAUAUCGAAAUAUUGAUGCGAUUCGUAAAAUUGCAAUGGGCGAACGGGAUAAAACGGUAGAUGCUACCGAAAGAGAAAUCGAAAUGCCCUCUCCAAUGUCCGUCACUCCACUUAACAGAACUCCUAAUGCUCCUCAUGUAGUUUUUUUCAACAUCGAUUCCCUUAUAAUUGGUCUUUUAACUAGCAGUAUGGCUAGUCAAAGUGACGGAAGUGUAGAAAGUAAAUCGCUUUCAACGAUACUGCAAGGCAAACAGGGAGAUAAUCGAUUACUGCAGCAACGCAUUAUGUGGUCUACAGAGACAAAUUUAUACAUGGAUGUUGCCAUUCUCUGCAUGAGUCUAUUACAUGCUUGGACCAUGGAUGACGAUCUCGAUCGUGUUUGUCAAAAAAAACUAAAGAUGUCAAAACCAGCAGUUCCGUUAAGUUUCGGCUUAGUCUCUCGGCAAGGCACACUGUCGUUGAUGCUUCCUCGGCCAGUAGAAAAGGACGAUAAAAAAGCCAAGAAGAACAGCUUUGAAUUUUUUGCCUCUCGAAUACAUUGGUCUAUAAGUGGCUCAUUAACUACUAUUCAUCUGCUUACUGUAAUAUCCAUUGCUAAUACACUAAUGUCUUUGCGAGGAUCUUCACUAGAGUCUUCAAAAAAAAAGACUAUAGCACGAAAGUCAUCUGUCAGAUCGUCUGCUUCCGAUAUCGCUGGAACCGAGUCACAGCUCAAGCAGGGUUGGUCAUUGCUGGCUGCACUACACUGCUGUCUCCUGCCGGAUCAUGUGAGAUCGAAAGGCAGUUACUGUGCUCCUCGUAUAGAACUAUUAGCAAGAAGCUCGAUAGGAUUCGAUAGGAUUGAAAGUCGGCCCGAUGCAUGA